AUGCCAUUUGAUCUACUCGACAAGCACCACCAAAGGGGGGUUUUGGCGGAAACAGAAUGGGAGGAGCCAGCCAGAAAAAGACUUCGAACGAACUCAUCUGAAGACCAGGGCAGACAUGCGGCCACAAAGGACAAGAGCAUCACGAUUGCUUCGACCGCUAAACAUGCCGACCAGAACGUCGCUCCGUUCCUGGCAAAGCACAUCCCUUCUCAAUAUGCGCCGCUGGGCAAUGCUGGCAAACCGGCCACCCACCACUACGAUCCCAUGAAAGAUCCCAACUCUAAAUUCUGCUAUCGACACCGACCUGACAUGCUAUGCCGGCGACAAGCAGACGAGCCGUCGAUGGACAAGCUGCAGAAAGAAUUAGACACGUUGUCACAGGAAGACCGACAGGGCAUCGUCCAAAUGUGGUCCUUGUUCUCCGCAGCUCCCUCCAAACAUCGAAAUCUCAUGCUGCAGGGCAUCCUGGCUCAGUGCUGCUUCCCACAACUCUCCUUCCUCUCGGCUAACGUGCGAGAACUCAUCCGGAUUGACUUCCUCUCUGCCCUACCUUCGGAGGUCGCCUUCCGCAUCCUUUCUUUCCUCGACACCACGUCCCUCUGCAAGGCUGCACAGGUGUCGAGGAGGUGGAGACAGCUGGCAGAUGAUGACGUGGUUUGGCACCGAAUGUGCGAGCAACACAUCGAUCGCAAGUGUACCAAGUGUGGAUGGGGCCUGCCUUUACUGGAGAGGAAAAUGUUACGUGCUACCAAGAGGCAGAUUGAGCUGCGAGCAGCAAGCCACCUAUCACUUGACUCUGACCCACCUACUUCUUCGCAGAGUGUCGAAAUGUCGGACACUGAAAGCCACCAUGAUUCCUCGUCAGAUGGACGACUGUCCCCAGUGGCGAGCCGACGGCCGCCGCUUGGCACGAGCGAGAGUGAAUACUAUAGGAGAACUAGACCCUGGAAGGAUGUCUACAAGGAUAGAUUCAAGGUUGGCACCAACUGGAAGUACGGCCGAUGCAGUGUCAAAAUCCUCAAAGGCCACACAAACGGAGUCAUGGCUCUUCAAUUCUGCGACAACAUACUUGCGACGGGCUCAUAUGACGCAACCAUCAAAAUCUGGGACCUGGACACCGGCAAAGAGCUGAGGACGCUGACUGGUCAUACAAUGGGCAUCCGUUGCCUGCAAUUUGAUGACAACAAACUCAUCAGUGGCAGUCUAGACAAUACUCUCAAGGUUUGGAACUGGCGGACAGGUGAAUGUAUCUCCACAUACAGCGGCCACACCAAAGGCGUUAUCGCGGUCCACUUCGAUUCCAAUAUCCUGGUGUCUGGCUCAGUUGAUAAUACUGCCCGUGUGUGGAAUUUCCAAGAUCGGUCAGUCUUCACACUCCGAGGGCACACAGACUGGGUCAACUCGGUCAAAGUUGAUUCCGCAUCCCGCACCAUAUUUACAGCGUCCGACGACUGCACGGUAAAACUUUGGGACCUGGAUACGAAGAAAUGCAUCCACACUUAUGAAGGGCACGUGGGACAGGUGCAACAGGUCUUUCCUCUGCCCGCGGAAUUUGAACCUGGCACCAACGAGCAUGGAGACGACGAGGAGCAGUUGUCGGACCCCGGAACUCCCAACAGCUCCACCACCGUUCUGGACGAAAACGGCGGGUUUCCCAUCGUCUCCUCCAAAGACCUUAGCAUCCACAGCCUGUUCACUUCUCAGCCUGAUCGCACCUAUCCGCCCCACUACAUGCUCACCUCGGCCCUCGACUCAACAAUCCGUCUUUGGGAUGUCCACUCUGGUCGUUGCAUACGAAAAUUCUUCGGACAUGUUGAGGGAGUAUGGGCCGUGGCUGCGGAUACGUUGAGGAUUGUCUCUGGAGCGGAAGACAGGAUGGUCAAGGUGUGGGACCCUCGCACGGGAAAGUGCGAGAGGACAUUCACGGGACAUGCAGGACCUGUGACGUGCAUUGGGUUGAGUGACUCGAGAAUGUGUAGUGGCGGCGAAGAUGGGGAGGUUAGGGUCUACAAUUUCACGGGCUGA